GAAGUGUACUUUAUGAUUUUUUGUCAAUUCCAUGUUUAUUACACACCUGCUGUUAACAGAUUUAUCAUUUUCAUCUAAAAUUUGAAAGUUUUUAAACUUAUAGAAAACCAGUUUGAACCUCCGUGGGCGACAUGGUAACACUAUAUAUACUGAUGUGGUAACAGUCGAGUACAUUUAGCUACGCAGUUGAGUAUACAUUUAGCUACGGCGAUCUGACAAAGAAGGUUGUAACUUGAAGGUCUUCGGUAAAAAAAUAAAUAAUGAAGCUGGCUAUUAUUGUAGUGGUUCUUUUUCUCGGUACAGCGACAGGGUAUUCAUUGAAUCAUGUAAGAAAUCAAGAGGAACCCAUGGUACACCAAAAGGAAAAUGUCGCUAAAAGGGCUGAUUCCUGUAAGGGUAAUGAUGUGAUGCAGCCAGUUGCCUGCCAUGGUAUGGAUUCAACCAUGAAUAUUUGCACUAAUCCAAAUCCAGUCUAUUCACAACUUCGUGACAUGUGCUGCAAUUUCUGUGCUGGAAAAGAAACAAGGGAGAUUGUUUCCUUGUUGAAAAAGAUGUUAGCUGAGGAUGAGACAAAAGAAUAAAUAAACACAAACUUAGAAAUACUGUAAAAUCAACAAACUGUUCACAUGUAACCUCUAGAUUUACAUGUAAUUGUUUUCUAUAUUUGACAUCACCUAUUUGUUUUAAUAUUAAAUACUUUUCAUUUA